CCAAUGGCGACAGCGAGCGGAAGCACGUGGGUAAACAGGAAGUGGUUUCGGCAUUUGGCGGGUUGAGAAGAGAAGACGUCCAAAAAUGGCGGCUGUGAAUGACAUGGAGAAGAAACUGGCAGAGUAUAAAUGCGACACUAACGAAGCUGUAUGUCUGAAACUAGUGCGGUUUCCAGAGGAUAUAGAUGAUGAAAGCACAACAUUUCACCCCGAGUACAGUCAUCAGCUGUUUGGAGAUGAUGAAGUGGCGUUUGGCUACAAAGGUCUUCAGAUCCAGCUGUACUACAGUGCAGGGAACCUGAGCUCCCUGUUCAAAGUCAAGUACACAGCCAGGGUCACAGACACGUUUGACUGUGUGGAGAUCAGCACAAUAUUCGGCCGUCUUUCACUAAGAGAGGAUCUCACCUACCAGAUACACAAGGUGGAUAUCUCGUGUCCAGGGUUCAGAGAGUACCAUGAGCGCUUGCAGACAUUUCUCAUGUGGUUCAUCGAGACGGCCAGUUUCAUCGAUGUGGAUGAUGAUCGCUGGGAUUUCUUCCUCGUAUUUGAGAAGUACAAUAAGGAUGGAGAGACCCUCUACGCAACGGUUGGCUACAUGACAGUGUAUAAUUACUACGUGUACCCAGACAAAACCAGACCACGUGUCAGCCAGAUGCUGGUCUUGCCACCAUUCCAGGGAGAAGGACACGGGGCUCAGCUCUUAGAGACAGUCCACCGAUACUACUGCACUUCUGCUAAAGUACAGGACAUCACAGCGGAGGACCCGUCUGAAAACUAUGUGAAGCUGAGAGAUUUUGUGCUGGUGAAGCUGUGCUUGACUCUGCCCUCCUUCUCCAGUGAGAAACUCUCUCAGGGCUUCAGUGAAGAGAUGGUGUCUGAGGCCAGAGAGAAACUCAAGAUCAACAAGAAACAUGCACGCCGUGUUUAUGAAAUCCUGCGUCUCAGAAACACAGACAUGAGCGAUGAAGAGAAAGCCAAAGAAUUUCGAUUGGAGGUGAAAAAAAGACUCUAUGGACCCUACAGAAAAAACCAGCGUGAACUGACUAAGAUGCAGAAGUGUUUGAGGCCAGAGGAGCUGGCGUCCCAAAUCAGCCAGAUGGACACGAGACUGCAACACGAGGAGCUGGAGAAAAGCUACCAGGACGUGCUGGCGGAGUAUCGCAGAGUCCUGGAGCGACUGGCUCAGGCCUGAACACACGGAGGCUUCUGCAUAGUCCUGGAAAGACUGGCCCAGACACACACACACACACACACACACACA